AUGGCCACUGAGACGAGUAAUGGCGCUUUUGUUGAUGAGGAGAAGAAACCGUCCAAAAAGGAACUCAAUAAGCUGGCAAGGCAGAUGAAGAAAGCGGAAAAGAAGGCCGAGCAUGCAGCUGGGCAUAAUGUGGAGAAUGAGCAGGACGCUGAAUUGGAUGUAUCCAAGGGCCAUUAUGGCUCGUACGGAUUGAUACAGUCUGCUGAACGGAAACAUGUUGAUUUCGUCGAUGUGAAAGAUAUAACGCCGAAGCUGCAGGAACAACAGGACGCUGAAUUGGAUGUAUCCAAGGGCCAUUAUGGCUCGUACAGAUUGAUACAGUCUGCUGAACGGAAACAUGUUGAUUUCGUCGACGUGAAAGAUAUAACGCCGAAGCUGCAGGGACAACAGGUCUGUUUUACUCGAUCUUUCGUAUAG